CGGGUGCCAUUUUCCUAGGCCAGGCAUUUGAGAAAGAUGUUUCAGAUACCAAAGACAUUUCACGAGAUGGUUAAGUUACCACUGUAGCUGUUGUGGUGAUAUGAGGAGGCAGACCAGUGAAUGACAGGAUGUUUAUACUAUUCGUGGCUGUUUACAAACAACAUGGAAAACUUUACAUGCUGAACGGCGCUAUAGAAAUGCAAUUGCUUCAUGGUCUACCAAUACAUGCAGCGUUUCAGUUGACCGCGAAAUGUUCACGUACAAGACUGGCUCUCCUCUACCAGAGUAAAAGUUGACAUGCUUCCUUGCUUUAAGAGCAUGUGGCACAUAUCGCCCAUUAGUUUGUUGCCCUCUGUGUCUUGCAGUUUGCAAAUGUCGUUUCUAAGACAUUUUAAAAAAUUAAACGUUUUUUGACGAAUACAUUAAGAAGGUUGGGUUUGGUGAACACAGUUGCCUCUGCAUCUCCUGUAUUUCCUGCACUGCUACUUUUGCUGCUCUUCCUACACCCGCUGACCUUUGAAUGGAUCUGUAUUUCCGCAUUCACCUGGAACCGGCCGCCAGGCUCCUCGCUGUCCAUGUCCCAGAUGGAGAGCAGGGACUCUGAGCCCGCACAGCCGGCCCCAGCCUGCCCGAGCUGCUGCCGGGGGGAGGAAGGGGAGGCGAGCCGGUCCCCAUGCACCUGCCGGCGGCCUGACAACCAGCUCUCCACCUCCCCGGCGCCUGACUGCGGGGAGUGCCCUGUGCACCGCGGUCAGCCCGGCUGGUACUGCCUGACUGAGGGCAGGGUAGUGUGUGCUGGCUGUGCCAUCCCGGGACCCUGCAGUAACCACAUGGGAGCCAGCAUCGUGGAGGCGGCGGACCGCAUGCGGAAUAAACUGGUUGAUGAUUGUGAGAAAUUACAGCUGAGAUUAACUGCAGUGGAGAGAUUCACGGUUGGGACUCUGAACAUCAAAAACCGCAAUGUUAAGACUGAUGCCAGCAGUGCCAGGGAACUGGUCAUCCAGCGUCUCAACUUUAUACGUGAGAUGUGUGACAGUGAGGAGCAGAGACUGCUGGAGGUCAUCCAUGAUGAGGAAGAGCGAGUCCAGCAGAGCAUCUUGACCCAAAAUACAUAUUGGAUGGAGUCCCAGCAAAAACUAGCUGACCUUAAAAACUACCUGGUAGAUAUACUGACAAAGAUGGACGAUACCGUCCUGGUGAAACACCAGAAAGAAAUAUUCGAAAGGGCAGAGGAAGCAGAGGGAAUUCUUGAGCCUGAAGACUCUAAUAAGCUGAACUUCAACCUUGCCUGCGCUCACAGUCAUCUCCUCAGUAACCUGUGGGCAUCUGCAACAAUGAUUUGUAUUCCAGUUGCCGAAGACUUGCACAUUGAUGAGAAAACGUUGCACUCAUCCCUGACGCUGUCUGAGAAUAAAAAGGGACUGACCUUUGUCCGGAAGAAAAUCCAUUCAUAUUCAGACUGUCCUGAGCGCUUUGAACACUGGCCAAACGCCCUGGGCCUGGAGUCUUUCCGGACCGGUCUUCACACCUGGAGAGUGGACGUGGGGAAUAGCUGCGCCUACAAAGUGGGCCUGGCUUACAGCUGCCUUCCACGCAAGGGGACUGGCCACGAGUCCCGGCUCGGAUAUAACUCAUCCUCCUGGGUCUUCUCCCGCUACAAUGAAGAGUACACGGUCGCCCAUGAUGGCCAGCAGAAGACCCUGGAUCUGCUGAGGCGCCCAAAGUUGAUUGGUGUGCUGGUGGACUACGAUGGAGGUGAAAUCCUAUUCUAUGAUGCUGACGCCUGUGCUAUAAUCCAUAGCUACCGAACAAAACUCACAUCUCCUGUGCAUGCUGCCUUUGCAGUGGCAGACAACAGUAUCACAAUAGUCCAAUAGUGGGCUUGUUGGGAACGCUGGAAAUCUCCAGGUCUGCACCUAGCAUUUUCCUCCAGUUCUCUCAUUCCUUGCUGGGGAGAUGGUGAUAGUUACUUGACUAGUAAUGUAAAACCUAGGUUAAUGGUGUGGGUCAUAGGUUCAAAGCCACCAUGGCAGGUGGUGAUAUUGCAAUUAAUUCAAUAACUGUGAAUUAAGAGAAAGGUCUAAACUGAAAUAGGGAACUGCCAAUAGUUGUAAAAAACGAUCUGGUUCAUUAAUAUCAUUUAAGGAGGCAAAUCUACCACCCUCACCUUCAUAUUCCAUUCAAAACUGCGCAGAGGUCCCAGUCUAAUUGAAAAUACAGCACAGAAACAGACAUUUGGCCCAACUCAUCCAAUCCAAUCAGAUUUCCUAAACUGACCCAGACCCAUUUUCCUGCACUUCACCCAUAUCCCUCUAAACCCCUCCUAUUCACAUACCGACCCAAAUAUCUUUAAAUGCUGUAACUGUACUCACUUCUACCACUUCCUCUGGUAGCUCGUUCCAUAUAUGCAACAUCCUCUGUGUGUAAAAGUUGACCCUCAGGUCACUUUUAAACUUUUCCUCUCUCACUUAAACUUGUGCCCUUUAGUUUUGGACUCUCCUUCCUGAGGGAAAAGACAUUUGCUAUUCGCCUGAUCAAUGCCCCACAGAUUUUAUAAACCCCUAUUCUGCGGACACCGGAGAUUUGAAAAUGCUGCUCGUAUUCAGUGAGUCAGGCAAACCUAAUGUUUCAGGUCAGUGACCUUGAUGACCUCUCCUCUGCCUGACCUGUUGAGUAUUGUCAGCACUUUCUGAUUUUACCCCAGCCUGAUUGUUUGAGAACUGAACACAAAGACUUGCUCAGCUGCUUUGCAACACAGAGAUGUUUUUGUUCUGUUUGGUUAGCGCACAUUACCCUUUGCUAUAGAGUCAGACAGCACAGAAAUGGACUAUCUGUUCCAGCUCAUCCAUGCCAACUGGACAUCCCAUUCUGACCUACUCCAAUUUGCUAGCAUUUGGCCAUAUCCCUUUAAAUGCUUCGUAUUCACGUACUAUUCUGAUGCCUUUUAAAUGUUGUAAUUGUACCAGCCUCCACCACUUCCUGUGGCAGCUCAUUCCAUACACGCACCAACUCUGUGUGAAAAAUGUACUCCUCAGGUCCCUUUCAAAUCUUUCCCCUCUCACCUUAAACCUCUGGUUUUGAACUCCCCUACCCCAGGGAAAAGACUUUUGCUAUUCACCUGAUCAAUGGCCUUCAGAUUUUAUAAACCUCUACAGGGUCAUCCUUCAGACUCCAACGUUUUAGGGAAGAAAACCCCAGUCUAAUCAGCCUCUCCCUAUUGGUCAAACCCUGCAGCCCCAGCAACAUCUGGCCUUACUUGGAUUUAAAAAGGAAAAAAAUUACUACCAGGUUUCUCCUUUCUAGUUUUCUGCUCUGCAUUGUUUUUUGCUGCUGUCGAUUGUAAUACAGUUCACUGUCCAGGAUGUGGCCAAUACUGUUGUAGCCAGCUUACAUUUUCCAUGAGUUGGCAGCACUCCUUGAACACUGUUAUUAGUUUGGUACAGCAGAGGACAGUUCAGAGUGAAGCACAUUGCUGUCACCCUGGAGUUACAUGUAGACCAGACGAGGUAAGAAUGGCAGAUCUCCUCCCUGAAGGCACAUAUGUGAAACAGUUGUGUUUUAAUGAAAAUUCAAAAUCUCACUGUCAUUACUACUAGUAUCAGCUUUUCAUUCCCAGAUUUAAAUAAAAUGAAAUCAAAUUCCCAAACUGCUGUGUGGAAUCUGAACUCUUGUUCUCUGGCUUCUUAGUCUAGUAGCAUAACCACUGCGUUAUGUUAUAUCAUGGUAGAGUGGUUAUUUCAGUGUCAGUGGAGGGUGCUUACUGGACAGGGACAAUGGACAAGAACCAGGGUUGAUUUCCCCUUAACUGACCCUGAUCAUACCCUAUUUGUAAUUCUGGUCUAUUCAACAUGCUUGAUUUUAAUUGCUGUGCCUUCAGUUACCAAGGCAUCAAGCUCUGGAAUUCCCUUCCUAUAUCCUUCUGCCAUCAAGAAGCUCCAACAGAUUUAUUGUCUGGCUAAACUUUUGGUGAUCUGACCUCAUGCCUCUUUGUGUAGCUCUGUGUCAUACUGUGUUUUGUAACACUGUGUCUCGGGAAUGUUUAUUAUAUUCAAGGUGCUGCAAGUUUUCAUUGUUGUUACUGUUACCUUGGUGACUUAACUUCAACCGAGGAUAUAAGCUACUUUAUGGAGCAGUCACAAAGUGUAUAGUGCUGACAAUUGUAAAAUGGGAACUGCAAAAUUCAAACUCUGUUUUUUUGUGUCUGCUAGCCCAGUGUUUCUUGGGGAAUAUCAAGAUUUCCAGAGUCUACUAGAUCCAGAUUUGUCUGAGUGAUACUGGAUAGUAGAGGCUGGAGAGCUAAAUGACCAAAUUCUCCUGCUUUUAAUAUUCAUACUGGAACAAUGUUCCCUGGUUAGAGGGGGUUGCAAUGUGAGACCUGAGAAUACUAAAUUAGCCACUAUUCUGUUUUUCUCUCUCUCUCUCUCU